UGUGGAUCAAUACAAUUAUCUUCACCAAAUGCAUACAUUAACAACCGCAGAUGGAUACGACGUAGUCCUAGACCGAUUACAAAGCCAGGAUCCUAAUCAACCCGCUGGAAAAGUUGUUUUCCUCAAUCACGGCUACGUAUCCAGUUCAAACGAUUGGACUCUGCGAGGACCCAAUUAUGGACUCGCAUACGCCUUGGUAAAAGCUGGUUAUGAUCCAUGGAUGCUCAACAACAGAGGUAAUGGUAUAUCACCAAUUGAAGGAUACGCAGGAGACUUCUGGGACUUUAGUCUGGACGAUAUUGGCAUCAACGACACAAAAGUAGCUGUCGAUUACAUUCUCGACCAAACAGGCGCACCUGAUAUGACUUUCAUCGGGCAUUCGCAAGGAGCAACUACAUACUUCAUGUUUUGUCUAGAAUAUCCUGAAUACGAAGACAUAUUUGACAAAUAUAUUGGUAUGGCCCUCUGCUCAGCCAAAAAUACGCAUCGGAUAUUUAUCAAUUCGGAAAAUUCAUUGAUCCAAGCUAAUAAAUUCAACUUUGACUUUGGGAAAGCAAUGUAUGACAUUGUUCAUGCAUACUGCAACACCGUCGGUAUAACACUCUGUCGAUACGCAUACAUUGUCGGUUUUGGAUAUUCUCCCAAUGAGAUUAACAACGCUAUUUUGAGGCAAAUUCUUCAACACUUCCCAUACGAUGCGUCCGCUAAGAAUUUCUAUCAAAUCGCAUCCUGGAUUGGGCGGGAUGACAUUCAUAAGUAUGAUUAUGGAAUUAAUAACAUGAAGGUUUAUGGGACAAGCACUCCACCAAUCUAUAAUUUAAACAAGUUGACCAAAACACCAAAAUACUUCUUCUACGGUGGGCAAGACACACUUAUCAUCCCCAAAGCUGUUGAGUUUGCACUCAAGUAUAAAAUUGAAAAUCUUGUUAAGGCAUAUAGAAUUAAUACCUACGCACAUAACGAUUUUAUCUUUGGUGUGAGUGUUUCCAAUAUCAACAAUGAAAUACUUAAAAUUUUAGCAUCAUAA